AUGGAUGCUGCCAGCGAGACCCCCGUGGGGUCCCUCCCUGGGGAGGAGAGCCCCGAGAUGGAUCUGUCCCACCGGUUCUCCAAGAGAGAGCUGACCCUGCUCUACGAGGAGGUCCUCUACACCAUCCGGCACCGCCUGGGCAAGCCUGAGCACCACCACAUUGCGGACACCCAAGAGCUCUACGCCUACGUGCAAAAGGCUUUCGGCAUGGAUGCGGAGGAACACAGCGUCAUCAUGCAGCAGGUCAAGGAACUGGAGAGCCCAAUUUUUUGCCUGAAAGCAACCGUGAAGGAAGCCAAGGGGAUUUUGGGUAAAGACGUCAGCGGGUUCAGCGACCCAUACUGCCUGCUGGGCAUCGAGGCCAAGAGCCAGGAACCGGCCCACCCUGACCACAAGAAGCGGAUGAAGGCUGUGGUCAAGGACCUCAUUCCUGAAGACCAGAUCCAUCGCACCCAAGUCAUAAGCCAGACCCUCAGCCCGGUGUGGGAUGAGACAUUUAUCCUGGAGUUUGAAGACGUGGAGACGGCCAGCUUCCACCUGGACAUGUGGGACUCGGAUGUGGUGGAGUCGGUGCGGCACAAGCUGGGGGAGCUGACGGACCUCCACGGCCUCAAACGAAUCUUCAAAGAUGCUCGCAAAGACAAAGGGCAGGACGAUUUCCUGGGGAACGUGGUCCUUCGCCUGAAGGACCUGCACUGCUGGGAUGACCAGUGGCACCAGCUGGAGCCACGGACGGAGACGUACCCCAACCGGGGACAGUGUCACCUGCAGUUCCUGCUGACUCACAAGAAGAGGGCCACCACGAGCAGCCGGACACAGCCGAGCUACACUGUCCAUCGCCACCUCCUGCAGCAGCUGGUGUCCUACGAGAUCCUUCAGCAUCAGGCCGGCAGCAUCGCCUGGGAUGGGGAGCUGAGCAGGCAUGCCAGCACCGUGCUGUACCUGCACGCCACGCAGAAGGAUCUCUCUGACUUCCACCAGGUCAUGGCGCAGUGGCUGGCGUACAGCAAGCUCUACCAGAGCCUCGAGUUCAACAGCAACUGCCUGCUCCACCAGAUCACCAGCAUCGAGUACCAGUGGGUGCAGGAGCGCCUGAGGCCAGAGCAGAAAGCGGAGCUGGCCGAGUCCUUCCAGUCCUUGCUGACUUAUGGGGUCUCCCUCAUCCGGAGGUAUCGCAUCAUUUUCCCCCUCUCGGUCCCGAGGUCCACGGAGAGGCUCCAGUCCCUGCUCCGGGUCCUGGUCCAGAUGUGCAAAAUGAAAGCUUUCCACGAGCUGUGCACGCCCAGCCCUGACCUCCCCCAGAUGGUCUCCACAGCGCUGAAGUCAGGCACAACGGAGUGGUUUCAUAUGAAGAAGCAGCACCUCAAGCCCAUGGUGAAGAGCAUGGAGGAGAAUGGCAAAGCCUUGUCCAGACUCCUCCUGGAAGUGAUAGAAGAUCUCCAGCAGUGCCAGAAAAUCUGGAAUAGAUUCUUCAUCAACACCUUGAAGUUGAAUCUUUUCUCCAUCGCCUACCUGGAGCUGGAGAGCCUGGUCGCAGAGCAUGUCCAGGAGCAGCUACGCGAGGUUGACAGCAGCAUGUCCAAGCCCACGGCUGAGAGCCUUUUCCAGCUCUACAUGAACCUGCAAGAGCUCUAUCGGAUGAAGUACUUCCUCCCAAAGAGGGAUGGACUUCUGGCUCUGAGCGAUUUCCACCAGUGGUUCAAGGAAGCUGUGCCCCAGUGGCUGCAGAAGGCCUACACCAUCGCGCUGGAGAGGGCACAGAGAGCCGUCCAGAUGGACCAGCUGACACCUUUCGGGGAGCACAACAAGCACAGCACAUCCACCGUCGACCUGUCCACCUGCUAUGCCCAGAUCGUGAAGACCUGGCAGCAGCUCAACUGGCCAGACCCUGAGGAAGCCUUCAUGAUCAUGGUGAAGCUCGUGGAGGACAUGUGCAAAAUCGCACUGAUGUACUGCCGGCUCAUCAAGGAGAGGGCUGAGGCUCUGUCGCUGAACGAGCAGAACGAGGGCGAAGCGGCCAACAGGCUCUGCAUCGUGGUGAACAACAUCAAGCAGCUGCGGCUGCUGAUCCUGAAGCUGCCAUCGCAGCUGGACUGGGCCCAGCUGGAGCAGCGCACGGGGACCAUCAUUGACCCGCAGCAGAUCCAGCACACGCUGCACAACCAGCUCGACAGCACCGUCUCCUGCCUGGACCAUGAGGUCCGGGACGUGGUGCAAGCCCUGGCCACCAAGCUGGAAAAGGGCAUUGCCAGACACAUCCAGGAGCUCUCAUCUUCCAAUGACACCCGGGAGCCUGAGGAUUCCAUCAUCCCGCUCAUGAAGUUCCUGGAGUCGGAGCUGCAGUAUCUCAACGAGCAUCUGGUCCAGGAGAACUUCAAAAGCCUCCUCACUCUCCUCUGGCAUCACACCUUGGCCGUGCUGUCGGCAGCCGCGGGGCAGCAGGUCCCCUCGGCCCAGUGCUACAAGAAGCUGCACUGUGCCCUGAAGAGCCUGGAGCUGUGCUUCCAUGCCGAGGGCUGCGGGCUGCCGCUGGAGACCCUCCACACCGCAGCCUUCCUGUCGCUGGAGACCCACCUGACCCUCUGCUCUGCCACCAGCCGCAAACUCAUCCAGAAAUACUUCAGCAACAGGAUCCAGCAGCAGCUGGACACCAGAUCAGAGAAGUAUGGGGCCGUGACGAUCAAAGCGCUGUACCGCCCUUCGGAGCAGAAACUCCGCGUGGAAGUGCUCAACGCUGUCAACCUCAUCCCGCUGGACUCCAACGGCUCGAGCGACCCCUUCGUCCAGCUCACCCUGGAGCCCCGGCACCAGUUCCCCGAGGUGGUGGCUCGGACCACCCAGUGCAAGAGGAACGAGUUGCACCCCCUCUUCGAUGAAGCCUUCGACUUCUUGAUCCCCCCCGAGAAGUGCCGGCAGGAGGGGGCCUGCCUGCUGCUGACCGUCUUCGACUACGACACGCUGGGGGCCAACGACCUGGAGGGCGAGGCCUUCUUCCCCCUCUGCCACCUGCCCGGCCUCGACACCGAUGAGGACCGGGCUGACGCGGGAUGGGUACCCCAGACCCGCCUCCCCCUCACCCACCCCAAGCCCAGAGGAGACGAGAUCCUCCGGCUGCUGGAGUCCAGGAAGGGGGACAAAGAGGCUCAGGCUUUUGUUAAGCUCCGCAAGCAACGAGCCAAGCAGUCCAAGGAGACGGAGUGA